AUGCUUGAUGAAUCGUUGGUGGCAAAUGUACUGCUUCUUGGUGGAGAGCUAAUUAGGUCACACAAUAUGACAACAACUAUGGUGUCUGCAAUUACAUUGCUAAAAGCUUGUCUUAGUAUCCUCAAUGAGUGUUACUUUAGUCAAAAGAGUCCAAUCGACUCUUCAAAUCAGUCGGAAGAUGCGGCUAGCAAGCGUCGUCGCGUUCGACAACAGUCCUUGAGUGGGAAGAAGCUCGGCAGCUCAACGCCUAUGUUCUGUGCAUUGACCUGUACCCAACGAGUUCUUGAUCAGUUUGCUCCCUUUGUAUCACAAUACAUCCUGGAGGUCCUCGUUCAAUUCUGCCGCCUUUAUGGCCGAUUCGAGCUUAUCCCCGCUGCUUUGCUCAAGUUGGGAGUGCGCGUAUUUGGUGAACAUUUUGCCAAAGCAGUGCUCUAG